AUGCACUUUGGCUCAUCCAGUUCCGGAUCAGAACGGACGGCAACGAUUCUCGACACGUCAGGACAACCACAAAACUGGUCACCAAUCGUCAUCUCGGGGCCGUCCGGGGUCGGCAAAGGCACGCUCUGCCAGAAGCUCUGCGAGAGGCACCCAGACCUGUUUGCCACGACAGUCUCGCACACAACGCGCGCGCCACGACCGGGGGAGAAGCACGGCCGCGACUACUAUUUUGUGUCGUGGGACGAUUUCCGGGCUUCGGUCGAGAGCGAUGCUUUCUUGGAACACAUGGAAUACAACGGGAGAUGA